AUGAAUAUCUUCAGGCUUUUGGCUGAUUUCUCGCACCUCGCGUCUAUUUUUAUUCUUCUACAUAAAAUGAAGUCGUCCAGUAGCUGUUCUGGGCUGUCAUUCAAAUCACAGGCUUUAUAUUUGAUGGUUUUUGUGACUCGCUAUCUUGAUCUCUUCUGGGCCUUCUCCGAAUCCCUAUACAACACGACUUUCAAGAUAUUGUUCAUUGGCUCAUCAGCUUAUAUUAUCUAUCUCAUGCUUAAUGACUAUAAACCCACACAUGAUCCGAAUAUUGAUACAUUCAAAGUUCAAUACCUCCUCGGGAUCGGUGCUUUGCUAGCUCUUCUCUUCCCACAUGACUAUAGCGUCUCCGAAGUUCUCUGGACGUUCUCGAUUUGGCUUGAAUCUGUUGCCAUCCUCCCUCAGCUCUUCAUGCUUCAACGUACUGGCGAGGCGGACACCAUAACAACACACUAUCUCUUUGCAUUGGGACUAUACCGCGCCCUCUAUAUACCCAAUUGGAUCUAUCGCUACUUUGCGGAAAGCUACUUUCAGCCAGUCCCUGUUGUUGCAGGCAUCGUCCAAACACUCCUAUACUCGGAUUUCUUCUACAUCUACUAUACCAAGGUCAUGAAAGGAAAGAAGUUCUCACUUCCUGUCUAA